AUGGUACUUAUAGUAGUUUAUCAAUUAUUUCUCCUCAUUGUAAGAUAUAUUCAAGAGCGUAUGUUUCAAGCUGAGCAAGAGCAGCAGACUGCUAUAGAGGCUGGUGUAACUGAUCCACUACAUGUCUCUGCGGAAAGCAUAUGGAUUGAGACAGUGGGUGAAAAACGAAAAAGUAAGGUAUUUGGCAUGGGUGAGGUAAGGGACUCUUCCAUGAUGCAACCUCGAGUUGAUGGACCACGACUACCAGCACUGAUGUUUUGGAUCUUAGCGAACGAAUCACAGUACUCAAUAGGGAAGUUGAACAACAUGCCGCUAAAUAUAGAGAGCUUGAAGACCGCUACCAAAGGAAGAAAAGAGAGUGUAUUGAUGUUCUUGCUUUCACGGAAAAUCACAGCUUCUCCAACAACAGAAGCUGAAGUCCUUGUGAAAUGGAAAAACAGCCUACUAUACACUCCUUUUCUAAAUUCAUGGUCCCUCUCCAAUAUUCACAAACUUUGCAGUAGUUGGGAUGCCGUUGUUUGCGACAAAACAACAAACACAACUGUCUCAGAGAUAUACCUUUCUGGUUUCGAUCUCAGUGGCACUCUUCAUGGCUUGGAUUUUGCUUCCCUACCAAACCUGACUCACCUUGACCUCAAUGAUAACAGCUUUAUUGGCAACAACUUUUCAGGGACAGUGCCUUAUGAGAUAGGACAUUUAAGGGAACUGGAAUAUCUCAGCUUCUACAACAACAGUUUCAAUGGUGCUAUUCCCAAUCAGGUCAUAAGUCUCCCAAAGCUGAAGAAACCGGGAGAAGAUGAUCCUAGAAGGCUCAUUCAUUCUUUCAAAGUUGCACUUUCCAUCACCUUAGUUUCUGCAUUUUACUACGUUAAACCUCUCUAUGAUGCUUUUGAUUCAAAUCCCAUGUGGAUAAUUAUAACCGUCAUCCUUGUCUCAGAAUUUUCCGUAGGGGCAACACUUGCUAAAUGUUUCAAUAGAGGUUUGGCAACGGUUUUGGCUAGUCCUCUUGGACUUGGAUGUUAUCACUUGGUUAAUUCAAUAAUGGGAGGGCACAUUGUGGAGCCAUUACUUCUUGGAACCCUAAUUUUUAUCAUAGUUGCAGGAGUGACAUAUAUGCGGUUUUUAUCUCAAGUCAAAGCAAGAUAUGAUUAUGGAUUCUUAGUGUUCAUCUUAACAUUCUGCAUGGUAUCUGUACCUAGCUAUCGCGAUGAAGAUUUAUUAGAUACAGUGAAGAAACGAGUAAUCACAAUUUUCGCAGGGGUUUUAAUUUCUGUAUUAGUGUGCAUUUUUGUAUACCCCAUAUGGGCAGGUGAUGAUCUUCACAAGCUACUGUCAAAGAAUCUUCAGAAAUUAGGAGACUCUAUUGAAGGAUUUGGAGAUGAAUAUUUUGGGACAUCAGAUGGUGAAGAAUCUAAUAAGGCAAAGCUUCAAGCAUAUAAAAGUGUUCUUAAUUCAAAGCAAAUUGAAGAAAGCUUGGUGAAUUUUGCAAGGUGGGAACCGUGCCAUGGUCCUUUCAGAUAUGGUCACCCUUGGAAACAAUAUUUGAAAAUUGGAAGCUUAUUAAGGCAAUGUGCCUACCUCAUUGAUUCUCUUAUUGGCUUCCUUGAUUAUACCAAGACUCCAUCAGAAACAAAAAAGAAAGUGGAAGAGGCAUGCAUCCAAAUAAGCAAAGAAACAGGAAAAGGUCUAAAGGAAUUAUCAGUGUCAAUCCAAAAAAAGAUUUCACCAUCAUAUGCUGCAAACCCUAGCAUUGAGAAAUCUAAGAUUGUUGCAAUGAACCUCAAGUCCGUUCUCAAAUCAGGGUUAUGGGAAGGAACCAAUCUCUUUGAGGAUAUUCCUCUUAUGAUUGUGACUUAUUUGCUGUUUGAUGUGGUUUCUUGCACUGAGAAACUCGCUGAGUCAAUUCAUGAAUUAUCCAUCCAAGGAAAAUUCAAGAAAAAAGACAAUAAAGUUGCACCAAAUUGUCCUCCUCAUCUUGAUGAACCGUGCCAUGGGGACCAAGAGAACAACAUUGGAGUUCAUCAUGUUAUUACAAUCAACUAG